UUUCACACUGUGGGCGAGAAAGAGAGGUGCGCAUGUAGAAAAAAAAAUGGACUGCGCACUUUGGUCUCUUUGGCUUUAUUUAUGAAAACGUCCUCGUGCAGCUGAUCAUGCUCGACGCCGAUGUUGGUUUCGCAUUUUUACGCAGCCAUCCAGCCUCUUCCUCCUCUGAUCAAAAGGCGUCACAUGCAGCAGAUGAGCACUUCAGUGCUUCAGAUAACAUGUCUUUGGGUGAAUGCCGCAGCCUACAGCUUUUGGACCAGCACCGGAGGCCAGCAUGCCCAGAGGAGAGGACGUUUUUAUAACGCUUACGAAUCAUAUUUCUUAAAUUUUGGGAGUUAACAUCAAUUUAAAGACGUGGCCAUGGGUGAUGAGAGCGCCUUGUCUCGGCAGGUGGAGAGUGUGGAGAGGAGCGUGGUGUUCCUCAGGCAGGAGCACCUCACUUUGCUCCACGGCCUCCACCUGGAGAUCCUCUCCCUGCAGAAACGAUGCUCAGAGUUGACGAGUGACCUGAAGGUGAAGCCUCCAGGCAGAAGCCAAAUAGAGUUACAGGAGGAAGAGGAGCUCCUGGAGGCCCGCUGUCAGGAUGUAGAGGACCGUUUGGCCGAGCAGGAGUGCACCUUAGGAGAGCUUCGUAAGGAGCUGGGUCACAAGGGGCUCUUGGUGGGAGCCCUCAGAGGCAAUCUCAAGGAAAAGGAGCGCCACUUCCUGGAGGAGCUCAAGCGCCGCAGCCACUGCUCCACCAUCCUGAACACGGAGCUGCAGAAACAAACAGAGGCAGCAGCAUACCUCUCCUUCCAGCUGCAUGCUGCCAGGCAGAAACUGCACCACCAGCGGAUGCAGCAGAGGCAGGGGCUCCUCGCCAGAGCCAGCAGUCAGGGGGCCCAGUACAGCGGCGAGCAGAACUCAGUCUCUCCACUGAUGCCACCAGGAGCCUCCCCUUCAUCUCCGGUGGUUAAACCCAAGCGCAAGAGCACUAGGUCAGCCUCGAGAGUGGAGCGUGCCCGGGAGUGUGUGCCGAUGGAGAAAGUGAUGGGCCCUGCAGAACCCACAGCCAUGCCGGACCCCGCACUCUUCCUCCACCCCCGCAGGCACAGAGCCCGCUCCAGGCACAGUCUGGCACACAGACCGCCUCCAAUGAGCCUGGCAAAGGAAGAUGAGGAGGAAGAAGGUGGGGAUGGGCCAGUGGAGCCUCAAGAGGAAGCUGCCAGGCUGGUGUCUUCAGCUGCAGCGCCCCCUGCUGCUGAGACCAAGGCAGAUUAGCAACUACUGUGACCUGUGCUUUAAAACUACAGUUUGAUCACUGUAAUUAUCUUCUGUCAGACUGUUAAUACUGUUAACUGUUGUUCUGCACCUUGACUGAAUUGAUACUGGGACUGGUUUUAGCUAUUGAAUUAUAGUACACUUAGCAUAGACACUUUUUUAAUAAGGACUUUGAUAUAACCUUACUUAAGAACUCGCAAAGCAAAACUCAGUAAGUGUCACUUUAAGUCGGUCUUAAAUGAAAUUAGAAUUAUCUGUUUACACUGGUGUCACAUGCUCUGUAUACUGUGGGGCCUUAUUUGAAAGCAAUCCCUUUUUCAUUUAUGGUGACAGUGAGGUUGACAGUGGCCCUGCCAACUGUGACUUUUCAAGGCAAACCAUAAAUCAUCCCAUGUGGCUAAAUGUUUGUGUGGCCAUUGACCGAGUGACAGCUGAAAAUGUCUGAGGUGGGGGGGUUGGUCACGACUGUGUGAGUUCGUCAUGUGAAAAAAUAUUGGUUUGAAGGAAGA